AAUAAACAUCCGAGAAUGUAUUUAUUUUGCCAAUGGGCGUCGUGUGCUAAGCGAUUAGAUCACGCGAUACCGGGAAGGGCGGAACGAAGUACGCAGGCGCUUGGUGUGUUGAUAUCAGUGAGCGUACUAAAUGAUGUUGUUUCACUGGGUUGUGACGCUCCAGAAAGGCUUUUGUAAACGAUUUUGCACUGUGGCGAGUCCAACUCUUGCAUCACUAAACAGGAUUCGGAAUGUAGGCAUAAUGGCUCACAUUGAUGCUGGAAAAACCACAACAACUGAGCGUAUGCUAUAUCUGGCCGAUGCAACUGGCAGACUGGGCGAUGUGGACGACGGUGACACGGUCACAGAUUACAUGGAUCAGGAACGUGCAAGAGGCAUCACAAUCACGUCUGCAUCGGUCACGUUUGGCUGGUUAAAUCACAAAAUUAAUCUGCUAGACACACCAGGUCACAUCGACUUCACUGUGGAAGUCGAACGAUCACUCAGAGUUCUCGACGGAGCAGUGGCAAUACUCGAUGGUACAGCAGGAGUCGAAGCACAGACUCUAUCAGUAUGGAAUCAAGCAAAUCAUUACGGUCUACCCCGAUUAUGUUUCAUAAAUAAGAUGGAUAGAUCAGGAGCCAGCUUAGACCGAUCCGUGAAUGCCAUCAAGACCAAGCUAAAGAUAAUCCCACUGGUCACACAGAUUCCGAUGACAAUUGGUCGCGAUUUUACCAGAAUUAUUGAUCUCAUUUCAUUAAAAAUUCUAAAAUGGCCCAACCAGUCACAAACUAGGAGAGACUUUGAGGUCAUUCCGCUUGUACCCGAUCAAGGUCAAGCAUACGAAAAGUCGAUCAAUGCAAGAGGUGUUCUACUCGAACAGUUGGCAGAAAUAGAUGACCUGAUCAUGGAUCGUCUAGUGGCGAAUGAUUUCGAUUUUUGCAAGUCAGACAGUCUAACUGUCGAUGAGAUUCAAACCGCGAUUGCAAGGGCUACCCUAUCCGGAUCAGCCGUUCCCGUUCUCUGUGGUUCAUCUCUGAAAAACAGAGGCAUUCAACCGUUGCUAGACGCCAUAGUCCACUACUUACCGAGUCCAGACAUGCUGACAAAUAACGAAGUUCCUGGGUAUGCUCACGAGCUGUGCGCAUUGGCAUUCAAGAUCAUUCACGACAGACAGCGUGGACCGCUUGUAUUCCUGAGACUGUAUGCCGGCACCAUCACACCCAACAUGACCGUCUACAACGUCAAUAGAGACUGCAGAGAGAAGGUGACGCGCCUCCUGACCGCGUUUGCGGACGAAUUCAAGGAAGUUUCCGAAAUAUCCGCUGGUAACAUUGCAGUGGCGGUCGGACUGAAACAGACAGUGACCGGAGAUACCCUGGUGAUGUCCGCAUCCGCUGCAUCCUUUGCUAGGAAAGAUUUAGAGAAGGUCCGAGCAGCAGUGACUCCCUCUCAGUCAUCAAAAGCGCACAGACCUAUGCCAUCCAUGUUACCUGUUCUGGCCGGUUUGCAGGUGCCUGAUCCCAUGUUUUUCUGCACCGUCGAGCCGGCCUCUGCUGCUUAUCAGAGAGAUCUGGAUAAUGCGCUUGUUUGCCUGUCAAGGGAAGACCCCAGUCUGCGCGUGUCUGUGGACACGGAACUCGCACAGACCGUGUUGGGUGGCAUGGGAGAGCUGCAUCUCGACGUCAUCGCAGAACGGCUCAGAACGCAAUAUAAAGUCGACGCAUGGCUCGGUCCGCUACAGGUCGCAUACAGAGAAUCCGUCAACAAGACGGCAUCUCACACCGCGCUUGCGCGGUCACGGCCUGGUGUGUCGGUCACACUUCGAGUCACUCCGGCACCGGGUGUCGGUAUGGUUGAAGGGAUUGAGAUGAGAAAAAAUGGCGCGUUCUUACCGACGACGGAAAAGCUCUCCUCACACUACGCGAAUGAUGUUCUACGUGCUGUAGAGGAAGCCGUUGUGCUGGCCUGUUGGCGCGGACCGCUGUUGUCAUACCCUGUUAUGGAUGUUAGUGUGUUGUUGGUGAGCUUAGAUGUUGCUCGUGGGACGCCAAUUCCGGUGGUCACUGCGUGUGCUGCGGAGUGUACCGCAAGGGUUCUCACAGCUGCAGAAACUCAUCUAAUGGAGCCAAUAAUGGAUCUCGAGAUCGUUGUAGGAGAGGAAAAGUUGGGCGUCGUGUUGUCUGACCUUUCUACUCAACGACGAGCAACUAUCAGAGAAAUUCAAAGCAGAGAAGACACACGAGUAAUCCUAGCAUCGGCGCCACUCGUAACAUUGCAAGGAUACGCUACGAGUCUGAGAACGACCACGUCUGGUACUGCUAGCUUCACCAUGCAGUUUUCAUGCUACGCCCCAGUUCACCAACAUCUCCACGACCAAACAAUCCGGUCAAUCAGAGGUUUCUAAAUUCUAAAAUCAUAGUCUGAAAAUACAGUACAGUACACG